AUUGCUAUGUUUGCAGCUGUUAAAUUUAAUCAAAAUUAAAAAAAAAACGUCUGCCGCCUGGACAAUCACAUUGCAACACAAGGUGAGCGUGAGCGGUGUUAAGAGUUAGGCCGCAGUUAUUAUAGUUGUUGUUGUAUUGCUACUGCCGCUGCCACCGCCGGUGCUUGAGUUUGUGUGCGUGUGUGUCGCGUGUGUGCGCCGUCAUCGCUGGGAAGAACCAUUGACAAAACGCAGUGCACGUGCAGAAUGGAGGCCGAAAACGAUGUGUACGAUGACAUGAAUCUGUACAUAACGCAGGAGUGCUUUAUUGUCGAACCGAAUGGCCAGGAUGAACUAUUGAUUAUUGGCCGACUCGACAAGGUGACGCGUGUGCAGGCCAAGACCACACAGCUAGUCAAUCUGAUGCCGACGAGACGAAUAUGUGGUAUUCUGGGCACAAUACAUCUGCUAAGCUGUGACUAUCUGAUAGUGGCCACCCAUCGCCUCUUCGUGGGCGUCCUCAACAAUGCGAUCGUGUGGCGUUUGGCUGGCUACGAUAUUAUACCGUACAUUCCCAAUGCAAUUCAACGCUCUGAGAAUCACGCUUACCUGAGCAUGUUGCGCCAGACUUUGGAUACCAAGUUCUUCUACUUCUCCUAUCGUUACGAUCUCACGCAAACGCUACAGCGGCAGCAGGAGAAUCUAGGAAAAAAGACGGAGAAGGGUCUGCUGGAUCCUGCGGAUAAGCGUUUUGUGUGGAACUCUUAUGUGCUGCAGCAGUUCAAGUGCGAUAAAAUGCAACGCUUUCAAUUGCCGCUGGUGCACGGUUUUGUGUCGGUCAACCAGGUGCAAAUUAACGGACAAACCUUCUUCUGGAGUAUUGUGACGCGCAGAUCUGUGGAGCGUGCGGGCACGCGGCUCUUCUGCCGUGGCAGCAACGAUUUGGGCCAAGUGGCGAACUUUGUGGAAACGGAACAGAUUGUCGAGUUCAAUGGGCAGCACACCAGCUUCGUGCAGACGCGUGGCAGCAUGCCAUUUUACUGGCAGCAGCUGCCCAACUUGCGCUAUAAGCCAAAGCCGCGUCUGAUCCCCGGCAAAGACCAUUUGGCGGCAUGCACGGCGCAUUUCAAUGCACAGCUGAACAUUUAUGGGAAGCAGGUGGCUGUCAAUUUAGUUGAUCAAAAAGGCGCCGAGGGCGAGCUGGAGGCAACAUUUGCGAGACUGGUUCGCGAGAUGGGCAACCCUGGAGUGCGCUAUGAGGCCUUUGACUUCCAUCACGAGUGCCGUAAAAUGCGGUGGGACCGACUGAACAUUCUAAUCGAUCGGCUCGCCCAUGAACAGGAAAACUUCGGUUUCUAUCAUGCCUUCAAUAAUGGCAACGUCGUGUCCACGCAAACGGGCGUGUUCCGUAUAAACUGCAUUGACUGCCUCGACAGAACGAAUGUGGUGCAGAGCAUGCUUGCUCGCCGCUCCCUCAGCGCCGUGCUCCAAAAACUGGGUGUGCUACAUGUGGGUCAACUGGUCGAGCACGCUUCCACCAGCUUCGAGACGCUGUUUAAGGGCGUUUGGGCGGACAAUGCUGAUCUUGUCUCGCUACAGUAUUCCGGUACAGGAGCCCUCAAAACGGACUUUACCCGCACCGGCAAACGCACCAAAGUGGGUGCUGUGAAUGAUGGCAAGAAUUCGUUAAUGCGCUACUAUUUAAACAAUUUUGCGGAUGGUAGACGCCAGGAUGGCAUCGACCUGUUCCUGGGCAACUAUCUGAUCGAUGAAAACGAGGGCAGCAUUCUGCCAUCGCCACUGUCAAAGGCACGUGGCUGGCGCUACUUCGCCUUCCCAUCGGUGCUGCUAGUCGCUGUUGCCAUGUUCAUUAUCACUAUGACAUAUCCGGCCGAAUUCAAUACGGAGAACCUGCUGUUCAUGCUCUUCUGGGGUGCCAUGAUUGCGGUCAGCGCCACUGGCAUUCUCCACUACGGAAUCGAGUUUGUUCAGUGGCCACAGCUUUUUCCUCUCCUGUCCUUUCAUUCCGCCUGACGUUAGUGUCGUUUAGUUGAUAAUCCCGUGCUGGAUAGCCUGCCAAGUCUACGUGCUUUGCUACCAACAUUUAAAGACACUGCAUACAAAAUAUACGAAGCAAAAUUCCUGUAUACAAA